GUUUCCCUGGCCCCUCCCUCUCUCCAGCCCGAUCCGCCCGCCGGCUCCCCCUCCCCCGAUCCCUCGGGUCCCGGGAUGGGGGGGCGGUGAGGCAGGCACAGCCCCCCGCCCCCAUGGCCGCCCGUCGGAGCCAGAGGCGGAGGGGGCGCCGGGGGGAGCCGGGCACCGCCCUGCUGGCCCCGCUCGUGCUGGGCCUGGGCCUGGCGCUGGCCUGCCUUGGCCUCCUGCUGGCCGUGGUCAGCCUGGGGAGCCGGGCAUCGCUGUCUGCCCAGCAGGAGCCUUCCCAGGGGGAGCUGGUGGCAGAGGAGGACCCCGACCCGCUGGACCUGAAUCCCCAGACAGAGGAGCGCCAGGAUACCUUGCCUUUCCUGAAACUGGUUCGGCCUCGCAGGAGUGCACCUAAAGGCCGGAAACCACGGGCGCGCAGAGCGAUUGCAGCCCACUAUGAAGUUCACCCACAACCGGGACAGGACGGAGCGCAGGCGGUCUCUGAACAUCCACAUUCAGGUGUGGACGGGACGGUGAGUGGCUGGGAAGAGGCCAAAAUCAACAGCUCCAACCCACUGCGCUAUGACCACCAGAGCGGGCAAUUUAUGGUCACCCGGGCUGGGCUGUACUACCUGUACUGUCAGGUGCACUUUGAUGAGGGGAAGGCUGUCUACCUGAAGCUGGACCUGCUGGUGGAUGACACGCUGGCCCUGCGCUGCCUGGAGGAGUUCUCGGCCACAGCGGCCAGUUCCCUCGGGCCCCAGCUCCGUCUCUGCCAGGUGUCCGGGCUGUUGCCCCUGCGGCCAGGGUCCUCCCUGCGGAUCCGCACCCUCCCCUGGGCCCAUCUCAAGGCUGCCCCCUUCCUCACCUACUUUGGACUCUUCCAAGUUCACUGAGGGGGCCCUGGUCUCCCGAUGGUUUGCCAAGGCCGCUGGCUCCCCACGGCAGCUCUCUGAGCACCCCAGUCCCCUCUGCCCACCCUGAGCGGCUCCUCCCCCAGAACUGCCUCUCCCUCUGUAGGCUGCCAGGGCACACUCAAGAGACGGCCAUGCCACAGAAAUAGUCCCCUCGUCUCUGACAGCUCCCCGCACUCCAGCUCUCCACCUCACUAGCUCCCAAACCCCCAUUUAUCUCCUGACUCCCCACCCUGGCCGCAGCCCCCCAGGACACUGUGUUUACUGUACUCUGGGUGAUGAUGGGUCCUGAAUACCCCUCUUCAGGCACUAAGAGGGGCUGGAUGCCAGAGAGACUGGGACUAGGCCAGGAGUUCCCGAAUGUGAGGGGUAAGAGACCAAGACAUAAUUCCUCCCCUGAUAAUUCCCUGUGGAUUUUAAAAACAGAUAUUAUUUUUAUUAUUAUUGUGACAAAAUGUUGAUAAGUGGAUAUUAAAGAGAAUAAGUCAU